GGAGUAGACUGCAGACUGCAGACUGUGGACUGCCGCCUCAGGCUUUCCUGCUGGGAGCCUCGUAACCAUCACUCACGCCGAUCUCACAUCUCAAUUCUGGCGUAGAGGUCAUCAUCUCACUUUUUCAUCCUUUCUUCUUCUCCUUCUUUAUUUCCACCAGCAGAUCCACGACGCAUCUGUAACUCCUCCCAGUCUUGUCAGCUCAUCGAGUGUCACACAAAGCUCGUCCUACAUCAUCGUCAGCACCCGCAUUUCAUCCCAACACGAGACUCCUCCCCAACCUAUCUGUACCGCCGCUUUCAUCUACUCCAUUCAUCCCUCAACUCCCGAGACAAUUCCAUCUAGUAAUGUCAGAUCCUGACAACGGCGGCUCGAUCUCACCCAAACACAUGUCUUCCACCGAGCAUUGCCGUUCCGUCUAACCUCCACGACCCGUGAAGGACAAUUACCAACGAGAGACUGUCUUCAUGGCAGCUCUGACUGCACCUUCGUCCACUUCCAUGGCUCUGAACGCCGCUGUGCCCUGGUCUGCGAGCCAGGGUGCUGAUCAAGCAAGACCAACACAAGAUGGCUUGGAACAUGGGGCGCAGAUCUCAACUCAUGGGGCUGUCAAGACAGCACCGCGACUGAACGGGCAUCAGCCGAGCCAAAGUGACCAAGUGUCUCAGCGCAGAAUUAUUCCACAAGAAUCCGACAGCUACUUCUCACCACGUCCCUCGCUUACCAGUCGAACCAAAAGUGAUUAUGGUCCACGGCGGAAAGAAGAGACCGCAGUGCCAACCACUGAGGACAAUAUGGCACAUAUCAGACAUGGUUGGGAUAGCGAAUACACCUCGACCGAGUAUCUAUCUUUCCUCCAGUCUACCUUUUACAUGUAUUUCACAGACAAACGACACUACAGUAACGGCUCACAGUCAGAUGAGGCCAAGAAAUUUCCCAGUACCGACUGGCGUAUGAAAGAUCGUAUGAAGACGGUCUCGGCUGCCCUUGCCAUCUGCUUGAACAUCGGCGUCGAUCCUCCAGACGUCAUCAAGACCAACCCUACCGCAAAACUCGAGGCCUGGGUAGAUCCCACCGGCAGCAGUGGCGGCACCACAAAGACCAUGGAACAAAUUGGCAAGAAAUUGCAGGAGCAGUACGAAUCACUGAGUCUGAGAACGAGGUACAAGCAAUAUUUGGAUCCCUCAAUCGAUGAGACGAAACGAUUCUGUAUCUCACUCCGACGCAACGCAAAAGACGAACGAGUCCUAUUUCACUACAAUGGUCACGGUGUUCCACUGCCCACCGCAUCGGGUGAAAUCUGGGUAUUUAAUAGAAAUUAUACCCAAUACAUUCCAGUCGGCAUCUAUGAUCUGCAGUCAUGGUUAGGAGGACCCAGCCUAUUCGUCUACGACGUUUCUCACGCCGGCAAUAUUGUCCACAACUUCGACACUUUCCUCGCCAAGCACGACAAGGAAAAUGAGGAAUUGAAAAAGCGCGACCCCAAUGCUCCUCUACAGAAUUAUGGUGAUUGCAUCCAGCUCGCUGCUUGUGGAAGAUCGGAGAUGCUACCCACUAAUCCCCUCUUGCCCGCUGAUCUCUUCACCUGUUGUCUCACAACACCCAUCGAUAUUGCUCUCAGAUACUUUGUACUCCAGAAUCCACUUCCAAACGGCCCAGUCCUUGAAGAUGGCAAAAUUCCAGUCCCCGGUCGACUACAGGAUAGACGAAGUCCCCUCGGUGAACUGAAUUGGAUCUUCACAGCUAUCACCGACACUAUCGCUUGGAAUAUUUUACCGCGACAAUUGUUCAAAAAACUGUUCCGUCAGGACCUCAUGGUGGCGGCAUUGUUUCGUAACUUCCUCCUGAGUGAGAGGAUCAUGCGCGCCAAUCACUGCCACCCACUCUCAUCCCCUGCCCUCCCAGAGACACACCGACAUCCUCUGUGGCAGAGCUGGGAUCUCGCCAUCGAGAUGGUGCUUUCACAGCUUCCCAUGCUACGAGAGGCAGAAGAGGGUAAACGUGUCUACGAAUACCAACAUUCCACCUUUUUCGCCGAGCAACUGACCGCUUUUGAAGUCUAUCUCAGUUCCGGACCAACUCAAGAUCAUGCUCCCGAUCAAUUGCCGAUAGUGUUGCAGGUGCUGCUUAGUCAGGUGCACCGAUUGCGAGCACUCGUCCUCCUUAGCAGGUUCUUGGAUCUAGGACCUUGGGCUGUCCACCUCGCAUUGAGUAUCGGUAUCUUCCCCUAUGUGGUUAAACUACUCCAAGCCGCCUCAUUGGAGCUCAAACCCGUCAUGGUCUUCAUCUGGGCACGCAUCAUGGCCGUCGACUACACUGUCCAGAACGAUCUGCUCAAAGACAAUGGAAUUCACUAUUUCAUUUCAAUUAUGAAUCCUCGCUCCGAAAUACCAGUGGGCAAUGCGAGCGAGCACCGCGCCAUGUGUGCAUUCAUUGUUGCCACCUUUUGCAAGAGAUAUCCUCCCGGCCAAACAGUCUGCCUACUGCCCGAACUUUUCAAUGCCUGUCUCCUCAACAUGAUGGAGCCUGAGAAUCCAUUGCUGAGACAGUGGUCUUGCUUGUGCUUGAGCAUGCUCUGGAAUGACUACGCAGACGCCAAGUGGAUGGGUAUCAGAUGCUCGGCUCAGGCGAGAUUGUGUGAAUUAUCUCUUGAUCCUGUGCCAGAAGUUCGAGCUGCCAUGUUGCACGCAUUGAACAACUUCCUUGGUAUCCCAGAUCUAACUGAUCAAGUCUCUCAGAUCGAAGAAGGCAUUGCCUCUUCCGUUCUAUUCAUGACCACUGACGGAAGCACACUGGUUCGUAAGGAAUUGGUUGUCUUUCUGUCCACGUUUGUGAAGCGCUAUGAGAACAAGUUCACUGUGGUCGCAUACGAGCAGCUGGUGGAGGAGAGAGACAAACAUCCGUACAAGGAGACGGGUGAUAAUGUUUUUGACCCCCGCGAUUCAAGCCCUGCGAUUCCCAUAUCAGCAAAUUCAAUCUAUGGCUCCAUCUGGGUUCAGAUCUUGAUCCUGUCUGUCGAUCCUCAUCCUGAAGUCGCCAGAAAUGCGUUACUCAUUGUUGAUCACAUCCAUGAGGUCUUGAUCAGCUCACCGCUGAGCCGGAUGGCUUUGGCCGUGAUAGAUGAAUUGUUGAAAUUCUCCAAGAAAGAGCAAGCUCACAUGAAGAAAGUCCCUUCACAGGACUCGCUUCGUGCCAUGAACCGUCCGCCGGGAACAGGAGUGCCUCCCCAAUUGCAAAAGUCGCAGAGCUAUUUGUCUUUGAGUCUCAAACGUGCAGGAAGCUCGCUUCGAAAUCUGGCUUUCGGUGCACCCGCGGAGGCUGUGAAUGAAGAUGCGUCCCCACAGACCUCACCUACUAAGAGCAGAGAUCCACCUCAGCCUAUGAACACUCCAAGAGGUCGAUUGCCGCCAGAAUGGAGUCGUCCACCCGACUCGCCGAACUCGACAGCUUCAGCAGCGACUUACCAAGCCGCCCCCCAACCUUUGUCUGCGGGGUUUGUAGCAUUGGAUCCGAAAAAAAAGCAAACAAUGCCAUUGCAGAGCUCUCUUUUGGAAUGGUCAACCGAAUACUUCCGGGAACCACAAAUGCGGCCCAACGAUCCCGACGAACCCGGAUCAGCCGAAUACAAUAGCCGCUUGUGGCGGCGCACUCGUAAUGAAAGAAUCAUUGCCGACAACCAACCCCUGAAGAGUAUGGCGGGUAGCUCGAAAUGGACGCGGCUCGAAGGUUUUUUGAAUAACCAAAGUCAACCGACAAAGAUGACGUUCCAUCAAUUUGACGAUCAUCUUGCGGUGACUGACGACAAGGAUAUCGUUACGAUUUGGGAUUUCCAGAAGAACGAACAGCUGAAUCGAUUCAGCAAUGGUAAUCCUGCUGGGAGUCGCAUUAAUGAUGCGAGAUUCAUGAACGAAGAUGAUCAACCUUUGCUCAUGGUUGGAAGCUCUGAUGGUAUCCUAAAAGUGUACCGGAACUACUCGAGCCCGAGUGAGGUUAAGAUCAUCACCGCAUUUCGAGCCCUGACUGAGCUGAUCCCCAGCAACAAAAACGCGGGACUGGUGUUCGACUGGCAGCAAGGCCAAGGCAAGGCUUUGGUCGCUGGAGACGUCAAAGUGAUCAAAGUGUGGAAUGCCGCAACGGAACUCUGCGUUGGUGAUAUUCCAGCGCGUAGCAGUUCCUGUGUCACAAGCUUGACAUCGGAUCAGGUUGCUGGGCAGAUCUUCAUCGCUGGUUUUGGAGACGGGGUCGUACGUGUGUUUGACCAGAGAUUGAAUCCUCGCACAGCAAUGGUCAAGAUCUGGCGCGAGCAUCGGCAAUGGGUGACCAACAUCCACAUGCAACGUGGAGGGGUCCGAGAACUUGUAUCGGGGAGUCGGAAUGGCGAAGUCAAGCUUUGGGAUAUACGCAAUGAUCGUUCUGUCUUGACGUUGAACGCGACCAACUCAUCGGCCGGCGCCAACUCCGAUUCUCCUGCAGCAGCUUCGACAUCCAGCGGACAUUCACAAACCCUUCUUCGCUCUCUGUCCGUGCACGAACAUGCACCGGUCUUUGCAAUUGGCACGGACAAACACGAAGUGCGAAGCUUCAACACAAAUGGGGAUCAACUUGGUGUUUUUGAGCCCAUCACUAGUCGAUUGGCACAAGUUGUUGGAGGCGGUCUCGGUGGCCGGUCAAAUCACAAUCCUGUAGUGGCAACGGCUUAUCAUCCGCACAGAAUGAUGCUUGCUUGUGCGGCAUUGGGGGACUCGCACGUCAGUUUACUCGGAUGCAAUGCUUGAUUCAAUGAUUUUUUUACGGUGCAUGGCAAGUCAUAGAGCUCAACUUGGUAUUAUUACAGCGCAAGUUUCAGAGCCUUGAGUCUCUCUCAUUUCCUGAUCCAUUCGAACGAAGCCCACGUGGGCGACAAGGUGACAGGUGAAAGUCAAUUUUGCUUAAUCUAUGUCUUGCUUUUACUUGAUGUUUCAUUUGGUCUGUUCUGGAUAUGCGUUCCGUGGCAUUCCAUUCAGUGUUGCAAGUGUCUAUGUCCAGCACGUGAUAUCAGUUGAUAUGAAUGCUUACUGAAUACCUCUGACAUCCCUUGUCUAACCUAGUCGCAGUGGAAUCUCGAAUUCAUUUGCAAAACACCAAGUGAAAGGGUUGAGCACCUAGCAACCUGUCUAUUUGCUGAGGUAAAGUCGAAGAUAUAGUGAAGUUCCCCAGAAUUGCUGACCCCAUUAUCACUGUUUCUCUGCUAGGAGAUUGCAAGGGCAUAGGGAAUCCCUCCCUUUCUUUGACAUGACCAGCAAUUCAGCCAACCAUUCAUCUGUCCUUUCAUUCUUGUUCUGAAACAUGCCACGAAUGUCCGGUAUUUGUAAUGUCUCAGAUUCAC